GUAAAAAAGAACCGAACUGUAAUUGGUAAGAUCAUUGAUGUUGUUCGACUUCUUGGAAAAUUGAAUUUACCAUUUAGGGGACACCGCGAGGAUAAGCAUUCUUUAAACAAAGGAGUGUUUAAAGAAUUUCUUGAACAUAUAGCAAAGUCUGAUUCUCUUAUUGAAGAUCAUUUACGAAAUUCUGCAG